AUGCUCUUCUCCCACCUCAUCUCAGCCGCCUUGCUUGGCGCUUCCUGCUAUUUCGCCUCGGCCCGCCCAGGGACGGAAGGUGAAUACUUCGACGGCCUUGAGUCAGCCCUCAACGAAGCUGGAUUGAGCCUUUUCUGGAAUGCCUUGACCGUUGCCAAUCAAACGGACAGUGGACGCGACUUCAUUGAGGCCUUGUACUCUGACGAUGCUUAUACAUUCUACCCGCCUGUCAACUCUGCGUGGGAGAGCAGUGGGCUCUCAAACCCAGAGGCGAGCGAAGAUCUUGUGUCUCUUCUCUCUUACCACUUGGUCGGGGCCCACCUCAACUCAUCAACAGAUAUUGCUCCCCCGAGAAAACAUACCGUGGCGUUCACUCGCCUCCAUUCCUCAACGAUCCUUCUCCCCGGUGAACAAGCCCAAGUCAUCGUACUGGAGACUGCCGCCAAUCGCUCGGUCCCACAGCCUUGGGACAACACUUCAAUCCUGAUUAGGGGGGACACAUGGAAUGCUACGAGCCAGGGAAACCAGUUCAGUUACGAAAAUCUUUACGUGCAGCCUAUUGACAGGCCAUCACCUCUGGUAAAGACUCUCAACACCCCCAAUCUCGCCCUCGCCGCCCCAGACGGGGCUCUUGAAUUCGCUUCUCUUAUAUCAUCUCUGGGCUGGAACCAGACCGUCGAGGAAUGCCAUGGCUGCACCUUUUUUGUCCCCGUUGAUGAUGCCUUCCGUUCUGCUAGGGCCAACUUCAAUUACAGCAAUUGGUCGGAUGUCGAAAAGCAAGGCAUUCUGAGAAAUCACAUCUUGAACGGUACCGUGGCAUACUCGCCACUAUUGAAUUCCGGCAACGUUUACGUCACUGCAGCUGGUCUUCCUCUCACAUACCUCACCGCCAAAGACGACGCUUCAUUCGUCUCUGUUGGUAACUAUCGAGCCCAAUUUAUCAGAAGUGAUAUGGCUUUGCCUAACGGCGUCAUGCAUUUCAUCAAUAUUGUCAUGCAAGAGCCUAACACGGACCAAGGCAAAGCUGAUAGCGCUGUUUCCUCCGCGUCCUCGAAUGCUGAACACGCCACUUCGACUGGCGCCAUGGGAAUCAGCGGCGCCACUUCAACCUCCACAGCAUCAUCCACCGCCACCUCUCCUGCGUCUACCCAAUCUGGCGGCUCCGGUUCAGACUCUCAGGACUCUGCUGCUUUCAGGAGUGUGAGCUUACCAGGCAAAUGGGAUGGGGUAGAAGGAAUGAUGAAGAUGGGCGUGUUGGUGGCGUUUUUGGGAGGAUUAUGGCUUUGA